UAUUAAUAUAAGUAUCUGCCGACAUAUAACAGUAGGAUUUUACCUUUGCAAAAGCCACUUGCGUGUAUUGCAACAAUAAUAUAGAAGAAUUAUAUGACAAUGUUGGUUCGAUCAGGUAUAAUAGUUGCUCUGUGUUUAAUAGUUCCAUCGCUUAGUUUUGUGUUACCAGUCGAAAAAUGCCGUCUUGAUGACUCGAAAUGCUUGACUCAGUCGUUUCAAAAUGGUCUAAAAACAUUUAUGGAAGGUAUGCCGGAGUUAGGCACAGAUGUUCUAGAUGUAAUGGAAAUGGAGGAUAUUGAAUUUGACUUGUCUGGUCUGCAGUUUGCCUUGAAAGGUGGCCAUCUAAAAGGCCUCAAGAAUUCCAUUAUUGACCAAAUUGUUUGGGAUACAAAGAAGAAAGUUAUGGAAAUGAAUUUUCGCUCAAAUAACACCCUUAAUGGUCACUAUAAAGCUAAUGGUAGAAUAUUAAUCCUGCCUAUUUCUGGAGAUGGAGAACUGAAGUUAAAACUAAGGGAUGUUCAAUUUAAAGUACUCAUUAACUACAUACUGAAAAAAGGCAGUGACGGCAAAGAUCGUGUUGUUCCUAAGAAGUAUGAGUUUGUAUUCGAGGUGCUUGGGAAUGCUCACUUCGAACUCACGAAUCUUUUUAACGGGAACAAGGAAUUGAGUGAUUCCAUGCACAUAUUUCUGAAUGACAACUGGAAAGAAAUAUCAACAGAGUUUGGUAGACCCAUAAUCGAUGCUGGCAUCAAGAAAAUGUUGAAAAACAUCGCUAUAUUUUUCGAUAAAAAUCCUAUAGAUGAUAUAUCUAUUCAAUGAUUUUUUAAAAUGAAAUAAAUAAAAUAGAGUCGUAGUGAACAACGUAUUUAAUUUACAAUGACAGCGAUGAAAAAAAAAUCAUAUUGUAAUACAGUAGAAUAAAUAUAAUAUGUUUGCGAGACGAU